AUUUCUCAUUUCUUCUUUUUAAGGGAAUGGUCAAUAAAUAUUACAUUACAGUGCCUAGCUGCCGUGUGAAGCAACUGCAGAUUCCGAUUUUCAAUCAAUAGAAGUUUCCUGUUGUUGAACUUGUGGCUGAGAUUUGGCUGUCACAUACCGUGGCGGCUGAGGAUUCGUCUUUAUGAAAGAGGACGUUAAUACAGGUGUCUGAUUACCUGAGGAAUGAUAGACAGAGACGAGGAACAGGUACAGCAUUCACUAUAGUGUGACAGUGUGUCAUGAAUCAUGGAUCUUUGCUAGGAUCUGCAAUCAAAGUGAGCAAUAUAAAUACUGUUUAUUGAAUUGGGAAAACACUGCGGAGUAAAGUGUAGAGAAAGAGAUUAUAUGAGCUGACAUUAGGGCAGUUUUGCUGUCCUGUAUUUAAUGCUAUUGAAUUCAUGAUUGGCGUGACGGAUUUCAAGAUCUGGCAACAAAUCAACGCCAUUACGUUUUUUCCCUGACAGAAGAAACACCAUGACUACCUUUCACUUUCAUCUCAACACGACAGAUCCAGAAUUACUAAGAAAAUUAAACAACUCUCUUAUAAUUGAAAUCAAAGGAGAACCUGUAGCCUUCAAGGACAGCAAUCUAAAUGAGCUUCUGUAUGUGGUCGUGGUGAUCAUGUUCUACGGCACAGCAUUAAUGGUUCUGAUAGGAACCCAAAUCCGGAAGCAACGGAGAGAGGGCCAGGAAGUGGACUAUUAUGAUGAGUACCUAGAAAGAAACAAUGAAGACAGCAAGAAGACGUUGUUGCCUAAAAUAGACGUCAAACUCAGCGUUCCACUGGAAGCGGAUGAGAUCAAGACGUUGUUGCCUAAAACAGACGUCAAACUCAGCGUUCCACUGGAAGCGGAUGAGAUCAAGACGUUGUUGCCUAAAACAGACGUCAAACUCAGCGUUCCAUCGGAAGCGGAUGAGUUCAAGACGGAAACGGGCAAACCUUCACAAAAUCUUCGGAAAAUAUGAUGGAGGUGUAUGAGUUUUGAAAAUGUCAUCAAGCUAAAAAAUAAUAUACUGCAAUACUCAUGAUCUAAUAUUGCUUCAUUAUUAAUGAUUAUUCAUAUCUUGUUGUGUUAAAAUCAUUGUGUGCAUCUACAUAUUUCAUAGAGUAUCAUGCAAUCGUCUACAAAAAUAAAAACUAAAACAUCCAAA